AUGAAAGAAUUGUGCGUAACUAUUNAUCAUGCAUUGAAAGUUUGGAAAUUUCGUGAGGGAAUUGAAGUGCCUGAAGAUGGUUUUGGUUCAGGAUAUCCUGGUGAUCCAGUAACAAAGAGAUUUCUUCAGGAAUAUGAACCCGUCUUUGGUUUUCCACGAAUUGUCAGAUUCAGUGCGAGUACCGCAGUGAAUGCUUUGGAAGGAUCAGCUUUUGCUGUUGAAUUUGAAGAAGAAGAUCAACCGGGAAAAGAAAAAGUUAGGCUAGGCUCCAAAAAGAUGACUUCUUUCUUCAAAGCGGAAGUUCCAGUGAAGAAAUUCAAAUGA